CUUAAUUGGCGGUUUUAUUUGUUUGUGGUGACCGCCGGGGGGACGGACGCCCUUCAACUGCUUCGGACGUGCGCACCGCUGGAGGCAGUGGCGCUGCAGACCCGUACUCGGCUCAUCUCUUCUGGAUUUACUAGCGGAUGGAAGAGGAGGAGGGAGGAAGCUGUGUUGGGUGGCCAUGUGAGCCAAGUCUGCACAGAGACAACAAACCCUCCCCAAAGUAUGCGCGGCGGCUGCGGUGUAGCUGGUACGGGCGGGGGCGAGUGGAUGUCCGCUUGACACAGGUGGAUGCGAAGCGAGGAGCUCGGCAGCUCAUUGCCGCGAGAGAAGGCGCGCCAGGCGGCUGCGGCGUCAGGCUCGCGUCGGUGUGAUCUCGGACCUUUUUGGAAGCACUGCUCAACCUUAAUCUUCUUCCUUAUUUUGGCAUCAGCUAGUCGAGAGAGGGAGAGGAGAUCUUUGGAUAGGACAGCAUGUCUAAAGAAGCGAGAGGAGGAGGUUCGUCACGCAAGCACAGUACUCCCCACUGGUGUCUGCAGAACAUCGCGCAAGAAUCUGUGGACAGCUCCGAUGAAGAGUUUUUCGACGCUCGAGAUGUGAUGGAGGGGAAAAGUGCCAUGCUCCUGGGCAUGAGUCAGUGGAACUCCAAUGACCUGGUGGAGCAGAUUGAAACACUGGGACACAUGGACCCGUCACAUGAGGGUCUAUACCAGCUGAGCGAUCCACGCUGUGCCCCUCAAAGCAGUAUUGAAGGACUUGAAGACGGAGAGAAUUCCAAAUGUCGGACGCACGUGCUGCUGCUGGUGGUGCAUGGGGGCAACAUCCUGGACACAGUGGGCGGUGAUCCCAGUGCUAAGGCGGGUGACGUGGCCACCCUGGCUUCUGUGCUGGACAAAGUGACACGGGCGCAUUUCCAGGCCGCCACCGAGCACGUGAUGAUCAAAUUGGUGCCGUGCCCGCCCGUGUGUGCCGAAGCCUUCUCGCUGGUGUCAAAUCUGAAUCCGUACAGCUAUGACGAGAGCUGUGUUUCAAGCAGCGUGGACCACCUGCCGCUGGCCGCCCUCCCACUGCUCGCCAUCGUGUCGCCACGCUACCAGGAUGCUGUCGCGACCGUCAUUGCCCGCGCUAACCAGGUGUACCGCAGCUUUCUGCAGUCCGAUGAUGGGCAGGGCUUCUCGGGAAAGGUGUGCCUAAUGGGAGACUGUGUGGGCGGCGUGUUAUGUUUUGAUGCAUUGUGCUUCAGCAAUCAGCAAAGACCCGGCAGCCCGAACAACACCAGUGGCAGCAGGAACAAUAGCACUGAAAGUCUCAAGGGAAACUCAGGACUUCUUGGUGAGUCCAGUUCUGGUCUGACCUCCAGCAAAAGGCUAAGUAAGAGCAACAUUGACAUCUCAGCCCCAAACGAAGGGCGCUGUCCAGGGGCACCGCCCCUUAGUCGCAAGCAGAGCGACUCGUACGAUGGUGACACGUCUUCUACCGGCCAGCAUGUCUUCUUCUCCAGCCUGAUGAAGGAAAGCGUGGAGGUGCGCACUAGCAGCAACAGCAGCCCCGGUCUUCUGAUCAAUCCCGGACACUUUGACUUUGACGUGUCGGAUUGCUUUCUAUUGGGUUGUCCACUGGGUCUGGUGCUUGCCAUGCGUCGCACUGUGCUGCCUGCUGUCCAGGUGCAUCAGCUCCACCCGGCCUGCGCGCAGAUCUUCAACCUUUUCUUCCCAUCAGACCCUUCAGCCUCCAGGCUGGAGCCUCUGCUGCAGCCCCUCUUUCACAAGCUCCCCCCUUUUGCCGUGCCACGCUACCAACGCUACCCUCUGGGCGACGGACGCUCCUUGGUCAUAGGCGAAAGCAUCCAGGGCCAUCCCGAUGUCUUUCUGGAGGGCGAGCAGACCCCUGCGGCUCCCCAGUGUUCUCCUGAAAAAGGACGGCGGCGGGCCAGCAUGACAAGCGUGGAUAGCCGAAUGUCCAUUGGUUCCAUCAGCCAUCAGCUUGGCGACGCCAUCGCAAACAUUUCCAGUAGCUGGUGGGGCUCUAAGAGGCUGGACUAUUCCCUCUACUGCCCCGACGUGUUGACCGCCUUCCCCACGGUGGCGUUGCCGCACCUUUUUCACGCCUCCUACUGGGAGUCCACUGAUGUCGCCGCUUUUGUCCUUCGACAGCUCAUGCGGUGUGACUUUGUGAAGACACAGGAAGCAGACAAUCUGGACUCGGCCCCUUUUUCGCCCUCCAGCCCGCGAGAAAAGUGGUUGCGACGGAGGACGCAUGUCAAGCUGAGGAACGUGACCGCCAACCACCGGGUGAAUGACGUUAUCGCCACGGAAGAUGGACCACAGACACUGGUCGGCCGCUUCAUGUACGGACCCCUGGACAUGGUGACGCUAACUGGGGAAAAGGUGGACAUUUUGCUGAUGACUCAACCCCAGUCAGGCCGCUGGGUGCACUUUGACACCGAGGUUACAAACAGCAACGGCCGGGUGACGUACACCAUUCCCGACGACAAGAAGCUCAGCCUUGGCGUAUAUCCCAUUAAAAUGGUGGUCAAGGGUGAUCAAACGUCGGCCGAGGCCUACCUGACAGUGUUACCUCGCGGCAUGGAGUGCGUGGUCUUUAGCAUCGAUGGCUCCUUCGCAGCCAGUGUUUCUAUCAUGGGCAGUGACCCUAAGGUCCGCCCCGGAGCCGUGGAUGUCGUCAGGCACUGGCAGGACUUGGGCUACCUGAUUAUCUAUAUCACGGGUCGCCCUGACAUGCAGAAACAGCGCGUGGUAUCCUGGCUGUCGCAGCAUAAUUUUCCUCAUGGCAUGAUCUUCUUCUCUGAAGGUUUAGUUCACGACCCACUACGACAGAAGACUAUCUUCCUCAGGAAUCUCAUACAGGAGUGUCACAUCAAGAUCAACUCUGCUUAUGGAUCCAUGAAGGACAUCUCUGUUUACAACAUGCUUGGUCUUGGGCCCUCGCAGAUUCAUAUAGUGGGAAGACCGUCAAAGAAGUACCAGAACCAGUGUCAGUUCUUAAGUGAAGGCUACGCUGCGCACCUCUCCUCCCUCCAGUUUGGCCACAGAGCUCGACCCAAAAAGUCACCCUCGGUUCGUAUGGUCCUCAGGAAAGGCUCCUUCGGGCUCACUGCCAAACCGGACUUCCUGUGCAAGCGGACCCACCUGCGCAGGACCAUGUCUGUCCAGCAGCCUGACCCACCCUGCACGGCCAACCCUAAGCCCGAGCGGGCCCAGAGCCAGCCCGAGUCAGACAAGGACCACGGAGGGGGAGGCGGGCAAGGCGUGUGGGGCCGGGGCGUGAUGCAUCGAGGGGAUACCACUCCCUGAUGCUGAACAAAGAGACAAUGGAUGAAUUCCUGGAAGAUAGCGGAAGAGACAAAGCUGAGGUUAGAACUUGAAAAUAGAUGUGAUCCAAAUGGGUCUUUUUGAGGGCUUUCUUAAAUUGGAUUUAUUCUUAUUCAGGCCCUGUACCGAUUUCAUUUUGCAACAUGAAAUCUGCUGGAGAUCUGGCAUUUUGCUUCAGAGCGCCCAUUUUGAACAUUUUCAAACUCUUUCAAAACAAUUGCCGCAAAAUUUGAACCACACAUACUAAACAGGUGGACAACAUUCAUUUCCUUUUGUCAUUAUAUGUCAGUGGACCACAGUUAUAAAAGAAAAUUAAGAUCAGAUCUUGAUUAGUAAUUUCACUGAACAACUUCUAUAGCAUGAGUAGUCCCACCAAAUAUUCUGAAGAACUUCAACAAGAAACACAAUGUUCAUUUACGUUUGAAGCGGCCAUUUUAGAGUUUUGCUUCUAUUCACUUAAUGGAAAUUUGACGAAUUCGAAGUAAUCUUGGCUAUAAAAUCGAUCGAUCGAUUUUGUGAGACAUCGUUAAACUUAAAGUACCACCUAAAAAAUUACUUGCAAGAUGUUUUGAAUUUUAAAAGUAUACAUAUGUUUGUAAACCACUACAAGUCAUUCUCUGCGGUUAAAAGGCGAUACACCUCCGAUCAAUUAGAACUGGUAAGGUUGGCAGAAUUCACUCUUAUUUUCAGUGGUUUGGCAUGGAUUGUAUUGGCAGUGGCAGCAAAUAACUUAACUUUAGGCACUGUUUAAGCUUUAACACUGUGCUUACUGUAAAAUAGGAAAACAAAUUAACUACACACAAACAUGAAUUUACAUUGUUUUUCGCGGUUAAUGGGGGCCAGAACCCGCCGCAAAAUUUAUUCAGAUUUAGCAUUGGAAAGAGAUACAUAUAAAAAAAUUAAAUUACAAAAAACAAACAAACAAACAAACAAAAUAUAUAUAUAUAUACAUAUAUAUUAGGGCUGUCAAAAUUAUCGCGUUAACGGGUGGUAAUUAUUUUUUUAAUUAAUCAUGCUAAAAUAUUUCACGCAAUUAACGCACAUGCCCCGCUCAGACAGAUUUAAAUGACAGUACAGUGAAAUGCCCACAUGUUAAUUGUGUUUUGUGGAGUUUUGCCGCCCUCUGCUGGUGCUUGGGUGCGACUGAUUUUAUAGGCUUCAGCACCCAUGAGCAUUGUGUAAGUAAUUAUUGACAUCAACAAUGGCCGGCUCCUAGUUUAUUUUUUGAUUGAAAAUUUUACUAAUUUUAUUAAAACGAAAACAUUAAGACGGGUUUUAAAUUUCUAUAACUUGUACUAACAUUUAUCUUUUAAGAACUACAAGUCUUUCUAUCCAUGGAUCGCUUUAACAGAAUGUUAAUAAUGUUAAUGCCAUCUUGUUGAUUUUUUGUUAUAAUAAACAAAUACAGUCCUUAUGUACCGUAUGUUGAAUGUAUAUAUCCAUCUUGUCUUAUCUUUCCAUUCCAACAAUGAUUUACAGAAAAAUAUGGCAUAAUUUAUAGAUGGUUUGAAUUGUGAUUAAUUGCGAUUAAAGAAUUUUUAAGCUGUAAUUAACGCGAUUAAAAAUUGUAAUCGUUUGACAGCCCUAA